AUGGUGAAGUCUUGGAUACUAAACUCUGUUACAAAGCCAAUCUAUGGUAGCAUCUUGUGUUUCAAUGAUGCAUCAGAGAUCUGGAAGGAUCUUAUGGCAAGAAAGCUUAAGACUCUUUGGGAUGAUCUUGAUGGUGCAGACUGUGUAAAGACUUGUCACACGUGUGCUUGUUGCAAGGCAAUGGCUACUAAGACAGAGCACACAAAGGUUAUCAAGUUUCUUGUUGGCCUCAAUGAUUCCUAUUCUAAUGCCAGAAGUCAGAUAAUCAUGAAGAAGCAUGUUCCGGAUUUGUCAGAAGUCUACAACCUGUUGGAUCAAGACUUCAACCAACGCAGCAUCUCUCCUUUACAGAAUGCGAGUGCCUUUCAGGUUGCUUCACAUGACACCAUCCCUGCUUCUAUCAACGCCACUUAUAACUCUAAACCUCUGAGACCAGUAUGUUCUCACUGUGGUUAUAAUGGACAGACUAUUGACAAGUGCUACAAGAUUCAUGGCUAUCCGCCAGGAUUCAAGCACAAGAAGAAUCCUAAUGAUAAGUCUCCACCUACUGACAAGCAAUCCAACAAUGUCAAACCAGUCGUGGCUCAGUUAGCUAUCAAUGACUCCAAGCAGAUUGAUGAUACGGUUCUCAACACUCUUUCGAAGGAUCAAAUUCAAAGUGUGAUUGAGUAUUUUAACAACCAUCUUUAA